GAUGCGGCAUUUGACCGACUCUGAUCGGUUGUCCACAGCAUUCUCUCGACUCUCGGUGUGGAGGUUCAUCCAUUUUACCGUAACUUUCAUUGCAGUUUAGCCUAGCUGUGUUUAUCGUAACGUUCGAGUGGUCGAUCCUCCAGAAGAUCUUGAAGGAAAAAUAACGAUUAUCGCAGAUUGGGUCGUGGUACAUUAACGAGAACCAUGGCAGAGGGUUUGCAAGCCCAAGUGAAGAAAGACACAAGGGGAGUCCUGCUGUCCAGGAUGGGGGGUGUUCCCUUGGACAAAUUCAACAGAGAUUAUCAAGAACUCCUUGGGAAUCGGUUUCCGUACAGGGACCUUGGGUUUAACGAUCUUCGCUCCUGCCUGGAGAGUAUGGAUGACACUGUACGGUUUGAGUUCACGAACGAGAAGUGGAUGUUAUUUGGUAUCGCUGAUGAUCACUCGUUCAUGUCUUCUCCGGCUAUAAAAGCACAGUUCACUCCGGAUAAACCAAUCAACCAGCGUACUAGAAGGAGACGGAAUGGCAAGAAGAAGUCAUCAGAUUCUGAUGACUCUACUGGCCAGCACAGAAGCAAAAAGUCCUCGUCCGCUGGCAGGAACUCAACUCCACUCCCUGUGGUAAACGGGGAAUCAAGCAAGGGAGGUGUGCUCGUACCAAACAUGAAGGGAUUGUAUAGCCUCUGCGUGCAAAACCUACCUUCUCACAGAACUGAGGAAGUGAUUCAGCUCUUUAGCGAGGUGGCUUCCCAGAAAGAGGAAAGCAGAACUUCAGCACAUUUGUUCUUAAGAUACUCGAGCUGUGAAGAGGCGAGUGAGAUUAUGUCUAGAUUUAACGGCUACCGACUUGGCGACAUGCUUCUUUGUGUUUUCCCGGCUCGUGAGAAAACAACUGGAGGUCGGACAGACAAGAAAUCACAAUCAAGUUUUCCUAGAGAAGACAAGAAAAACGCCUUCUACAGUUCCUCGAAGGAGAAACAAGAAGCCAAGCUACCCAAGGAGGAAGCUGUGGUUAGGGUUAGUCUCGGCAACGCAGCCUCUAGUAGAGUGCCGUCCAAUGGGACAGAGAGACAAAACGGCAGGCUGCACAGAGGGAAGCGAGACCUGUCAAACAGAACAGAGACAAACUCGACGUCGGCUAGAGGGGAUUCACGUCAGGAGGAUGUUACGACGCAGCUACCCUGGAAUAAGCCGCAAGUAAUAAACGGCGAUGUACUAGGAGCCAGUAACGAGCCGCUGAUCGUGAGAGAAAAACCUGAGACUGACUCUAAAAGGCUAACGAGGGAAGAGCCUGUCCAAUCGUCAGCGCCAGUUAAUGCAUUCAGCAAUAGAAACAUCAGCAAACCGUCAUUGCCGAGUAUUCUUGAUAUUGCGGACAGAUUGAACUCAACUAAAAUGUGAUCCUCGCUGACGCUUACUUGUAUAUAUUAUAUAUUAAGAAAUAUUUUUUGCCCUGUUUGACUGAAAAAUCAUUAAUCAGCUUGAAUGUAAUUGGAAAUUGCAGUUUGUUUUAAACUGGAAUCGAAGGAGAUAAUUUGUGUUUCCCUUAGAGAGCUUACCGACCAGCAACCUUCUAGAAAUCAAUGUAGUGAGAUUUGAAGAUUUGCAUGGUGUGGAAAGUGAGUCAUAGGUGAAUUAAUUUGUUGGAGACAAGUAUGUAAUAAUUUUCUUGAAAGAAAGACGUGGAUCAGAGGAGAAUCAGAGGUGAGAUGAGUCUCAAACAGUGUGCUGUGCUCGUUUUUACGGGACAACGAAACAAAAAUACAGGACAAGAAUAUCUGUAAAUGUCUAUGAGAAAUUGUCUUUAGACGGGUGUCCAAAUUGAAGUUUCAUUGACAAAAGAAAUAAUUACUGGCUGAAAAAUAGUUCUGCACGUGUAUACUGUAAUGAGAAAAGGAUUUUAAAUCCUGAGUUAAACUUAUAAAGACAAAAACCAAUGAUUCUGACUUGACCUUGAUUCAUUGGAAAACACAUUUGACAAGCAAGUCCACACUCAAAUUAAAAUAUGAAUUUGUCGAAAGUAUUGGAUGUGCUGGUUCGUGGUGUGAUGGACAGCAUGCUUGAAUCAUUUUGUCAAUAAUUUAAGAACUGUGUCCGACUUCUCUUGUGCAGCGAAAAAUGUACUUGGGUGCAGUUUUGUAGCUAGACCAGUGGGCUCUAAAAUCCAAUUUAUUCCACCAAGGGAGAGCGGUUCAACAACAGUUUUAAUAUUUAGAUAUGGAGCCAUCAAUGCAAUCAAGAGUGAAACAUGUAUUUUAAUCUGAAUGCCCGCCCAGCACCACCCACCGUGGCCACAACACUGAUUGGUUGUCAUUUCCCAAAAUAAAGCCAAACUGUAUUUAAACCAAUCAAAAUUAAGUCCAUCUUUUUUACAUCCCUUUCAAAUUUCGGACAAAAUCUUCACCAACUAGGUGAAAAAUUAAUAUUUUUAUAAUAGUUAUCUUGUUCUCUGUAAUGUUCAUGAACUUAUGAAAUGUUUUGAACAUAAUGUUAAAGUCAUGCACUAUUUUAUCACAGGUUUGGACUACAAUUGUAUAUGCAACAAUUCUAACAAAAAAUAAAAUCUACUUUUCUACAUUUAUUGACCUUCAUAUCUUAUUAGCAGGCCAGAUCUUGCACUGUAAGUUUUUGAAUUGACUGCUUUGCAAGUUCAAAGAAAGCAACUUAAAUAUCCUCAAUACAAUUUUGUUAUACAAAUACUUGGCUGUUAUGUCGUCGUUUUUUUUUUAUAGAUGUACUUUUAAUUUAUAUAUUUUUAUGCGUUUAUUUUUAAACUCAUACGUGCAUAAUUCCUGCCCCAGAAACUAAUAAUUUCAAUAUUUAUUUCUUACUGUGACUCCUGUACAUUUUAACUUUAUGUUGAAAAUGAAAAAGUCUUAAGGCACUGAAAAGAACAGUAUACUCUCUUGGUGUAUCCUAAUUAUACAUUAAAUAAUAACUCUGGGAAAAUUUUGACUCAAUUGGUCAUGGAAGUUGCAAGAGAAUAAUGAAAGAAAAAACACCCUUGUUCCACAAGUGUUUUUUCAUCUGCCUAAUUACAGGCUUCAUCUGAAGUAUUUUGGUAUUUGGGUAAAAAAAUAACCUCUUUCUCAAAAACUACGUUAUGUUAGAGGGAGCCGUUUCUCACAAUGUUUUAUA